AUGGAUCCGGAUAACGUCCCCGAAGUAACGUACGCAGGUACUUUGAAGCAUGAAUCAUCAGAGUUGGAUACGAAAUCGGCAUUUGGCGAUGACCACGCCGAUCUUGUCCCCCAGCGUGUAAAAAGAGAGAACGGAUCUUAUUCAUGUGGUGGCGUUCUCUCACCCGGACCGCUCCAAGGCGAUUCUCUGUUCGGUCUUUCCGCUCGCGUUAAAGUCGAAGUAGACGAAAGUUUAUCCGACUUGUUGCAUACAAGCAUUGAAAUUAAGGAAGAAGACACUUCGCAAUCCGACCAAUCGGAAUGCCCAGAAAAAGACACCGUAAAAGAUUCCGGAAAUGACUCGCGGCGUACAUGUAAUCAUGUUCCAGUGAUUCCCCCCUCUAGAAGUGGAUGCAUCAAUGGCCAACCUCCUCACCAACCUCAAGAUAUCCCUGGAAUAAAACUGGAAUCCAAUGGAGGCGCAUGUAAUAGCAAAACGUUAUACGAGCCUCAUAUUGAAAGGGCAGUAUUUCCGACCAAUAGAACUAAAAUCCGAUACAAACCAGUCAAAAUCACCCAACGUUCUGUAUCUCCAUCCUGUGAAAAACUUCCAAAACAACAUAUGCGGACGCAUAAUGGCAAGAAACCACAAAAUUUAAAGGAGCAUAUUCGAACGCACACUGGCGAGAAACCUUUCAGCUGCGGUCAUUGCUCUACCUCCUUUAGGCAAAAAAGAGCUUUAAAGGAACAUAUUCGAACGCAUACUGGCGAGAAACCUUUUAGCUGCAGUCAUUGCCCUUCCUCCUUCAGUCGAAAAAGAGCUUUAGAGGAACAUAUUCGAACGCAUACUGGCGAGAAACCUUUCAGCUGCAGUCAUUGCCCUUCCUCCUUCCGUCAAGGAAGUGCUUUAAAGGAACAUAUUCGAACGCAUACUGGCGAGAAUCCUUUUAGCUGCAGUCAUUGCCCUUCCUCCUUCAGUCGAAAAAGAGCUUUAGAGGAACAUAUUCGAACGCAUACUGGCGAGAAACCUUUCAGCUGUAGUCAUUGCCCUUCCUCCUUCCGUCGAAAAAGAGCUUUAAAAGACCAUAUUCGAACGCAUACCGGCGAGAAACCUUUCAGCUGCAGUCAUUGCUCUUCCUCUUUUAGACAUAGAAAUGCUCUAAAGGAGCAUAUUCGAACGCAUACUGAAAUGCUUUAA